ACUUCACCAGCAGACAUAACUCGCAAGAUGCCGGAAUACCGUCCUCUAGCUGUUGAGCGGCAAGUUUUCUUGAUUGGAAUAUGGCGAUCUGUUACUCUAAACGAUAUUUUCCUGAAAGAGAUUCAAAUAGAAGAGGAAAAAAUUACAGAUAAAAUCUGUCAACUGCAGUUGUCUCCUUCCGGAUUGUUUUUGUUUGCAAAAACAGGAAACUACAACACAGGGCUGGAGAAUGGAGUUCUGCUGCAUAAGAUUUACUCAAUCGCAUCAAAAAAGUCAAAACCAGAGCAUCUGUUGUGCAUCAUUGAUGAAGAUGAAGAGGAUAAAUUUGCUGUCAUUUUGCUCCGUUGUAACACUUUGAAAGACAGCUUCCUCAUACAGAACACCAUGAAAGAACUGUGGGAUGUUUGUUUCAUGUCAGAGAAACAGUUUUAUAUCAAGCGUGAGCCUUGUGGGAGAGUGAAAAGUAUGCUGAGAGGAUCGUAUGGGUCAGAUGAAAGUUGGCAGAAAAGCAACAGUGAAAAAUCCGAUGAAAUAUAUAAUUCUGGGUCUUUGAUAACGAUCGAUGAUUUCAAUAAAUAUCAGCACGCCACAGAGUCAAACAUGACAACCAUAAGAGAACAGCUUGAUAUGAUUUUUUCAGAAAUCAACAAUGUUAAAGUCUACCUAACGAACACCGACAUAACGAAUGAAGAUAACCUCGAAGACCUCAACAACAUGAAAGGCAUGAAGUAUUUGAGAGCGAUCGCACAUAACAAAGACGGAGAUUCAAACAAUGAAAUCCGAAGUUUGGAAGACUAUUUUGAUGUAGAUGUAUUGAAAGCCAGCAAAUUGUCUGACACUGAAAAUGAAGAAUAUAUUUUAUUACGAAACAACCUCUUAAAAAAAUCUCAUGACGGCUAUUUUCAAGAGAAGCCCAUCCGUUUUAAGCCUGAUUAUUUACACAGUGACCCACUGUUUGGUAAAACGCGUAAAGGCCAUAGUCUGGAGGACUGUCUCAACACGAAGGAAAGCAACAUGGUGAAUAGCCAAAUGGAGAUAAUGGAAUCAACCUCGAAAGCUAAUUCCGUGGCAAAGGGCCGCAAACCAGGCAACUGGGGAUUUUUACAAGAACUUUUUGAUUUGGAAUCAAACAGCAAAGAGUCCAUAACAAAAAAGAACAGUGAUAGGACUUUCACACCUUGUCAUGCAAAACCCCUUGAUAUGGCUUACAUGCGCACAGGAGUACGAAAACCCAUUGAAGAGGUCUACCGAAAGAAAGACAGCCAAGUAUUUACCUGGGACGCUGUAUACAAACCAAACCACAGUUAAGACAGGUAAUUCUGUCGGUUUUUUUUUUUUUACCUCACACUAUCUGAAGCCACCUUAAUGAACUUCAAAGCUACAACUUGUUAAUUGGACAAAAAGCAAAAAAAAAAAAAAAAAUUCAAAA